AUGACUCUCAUGAGGAUCAUACCCAGUAAAAAACAAGGCAAGAGCCAUCCCGAGCCAUCUUCCGAAGUCAUUCAGCUGCUGACAUCUGCGUCCUCGUCUUUAUUGGCCUCCUCCUUUCAUUCCAUUGGGUAUAAUACAAUCGCUGCGAAAGGUGGUGGUGGCACGGCUGAUAACAACCAAUACAGCUCCUUGGAUCCAAGAACAAAGGAAGUACAGAAGGGCUUGAAACUAGCAGGGUUUGGAUUAUCAACAGAUUCUCUUCAAUUUGUAGGGGGCGGUGUUGGUGUUGGGGUGCACCUCCUGGAUGAUCCAAGGUCUCACAGUGUGAGUUCCUUACCACUUGGUGAUACUCUGAGAAAUAGUCUGUUAACUGACUUGAAACCACCACCACCACGGACUUUAAGUUCCGUUUCAAAUAACAGUCCGCUUCAAUCGUUCAGCACGUUUGCUCUACAAGCAAGCCACGUUAUAAUGCCCAGUCCAGAAAUAGUCGACAGCUUAUUUGAGGAAAUGCUUACCAAAAGAGUAUUCAGUGACACGGCCAUACGUAAUCUCCGAGAGCAAUCCACCACGAGGAAAUGGGAGCUUUUACUACGAGAAAAUGAAACCAAUGCAGGGUUUGACUUACAAGGAGCAUUAAGUACAGCUUCAAUGGAAGUGCUGAAACUAAGAAAGGAAGGUACUAGAAAGGAAGGCCCCAUCUUCGGAAGUGUAAGCGUCCGAAAAAGUUCAAGAGAGAAUGUUAAUUCAGCUGAUGGUAGUCCAAAACCUAACAAUAACAGCAGCACCAGUAACAAUACUUUUGCUAACAUUAAGAAAUUCAAAGAAGGCGAUCCAGAGUGGUACGUGGCUCGAAUAAUCUCCAACAAGUUAAAUCUAAAGGGGUAUAAGAAGUUGGAAAGAAGAUUAGGGGAGAAGUAUAACGCUUCUUGGACAGAAAGGUUUGCUAAAGCUCAAGGAGAUUCAGCUUUAUGUGUUAUACUUCUGCGUAUUAAUAAGAAGACCAUUAAAUCAAAUGAAGAGUUUGAAAAGGAAUUUAUUAUAGUUGAAUGCAUCAAAUCAAUCUUGAAUAAUUCAACAGAUGAUGAUCAAAAAUUGGGGAAUAUUGGUCACUUUAUUAAAGCCAUUUGCUUCUCCUUAACAUCUCCUUGGUUAUCAACAAGUACAGUGGUUACAGAGAUCUUAAUUUUUUUUGCAUAUUUAAAGAAUGGAAGUUGCAUUAAUUAUAUCUUGGAAGCAAUGACAACCAUACAAUUCAUGUAUAACCAUACAGUACCAUUUCAACCGUGGUUUAAAGCUUUGGAACAAAACUUUGACCAACAUUUACUACAUGGUAGUGGUGGGAUGUUUGAAAGCUUUAGAAGGUACACUUUAUCUUCACUUUUUUUAAUAAAUUCCAUUGUAUUGGGGUUACCUUCAAUAGAUGAUAGGAUUACUAUUCGAAGACAAUUUAGUGAGUCUGGCUUGCUAGAGAUAUUCCAAAAAUUUAGAUCCUUAGAUGAUGUUAAUAUUAAUAAUGAAAUCGAGAAAUACGAACUGUUUGCAGAAGAAGAUUAUAAUGAUAUUUGCAACACAACCACAAUUCUGGGACUUGGUGGUGAAGAUGAAGAAAAUGAUUUGCAAUUGGUGGAUCUCUUUGAAGAUUUGCAACGAUUAUAUAAGCUUGAUGAAGAACAAGAUUUAUUAAAGAGUAUUUUACAAAAAUUGGUGCUUUUAAAGGAUACUAAUAGAAACACCCACCAAAUAUCAAAGUUAUUAUGGUUAACAGAUUCAAUUGUUCAGCAUAUAAUGGCUCAUUCAACUACGUUGAAUGUUUCUCCAGCGACUGUGGUCAAUAGCUCUAUUCAACGACUUCUUGAUAGACUAGCCACCGAAGAAACUGCAAAUAGAGCAGUUCAAGAAGCUUCCAAAUUAGAAAGGAGAAUAGUUGAUCUUGAAGAUGAAAUUCAACACCAACAUAAAACUAACAAACCUACCGAGUCUUUAAGUAAAGAAGUUCAAGCUCUUACUCUCAAAAUUGAAUCUCAACAAAGACAUAUUGGACUACUUCAAUAUCAAGUGAAACACUUGGAGGGAGAAAAGAAGAAGUUGCUACAAAGAUUAAACUCUGGCAGUAUGAACGACUCUGGAAGUCACCUAAUCCCAUCUUCCUUGUCUUCAGACAAGUCAAUCAAGCUGAAUACUAUUUUUGUGAAUGAAUUAGAGUCAGUUCUUUCCCAUGGAAGGACUAGUAAAGUGGUCAUUGACCUUACUGCCAAUUCUCCUCAUGCUAAUACUAAUAUCAAUUCGUUAUCAGAUACCAAUGAUGAUACUUUGGAUGAAUUUGACUUUGAGAAUGAGUCCCCAGUGAAUACUACAUCUAGAUCCAAAGCCCUUGAUGUUUUAGAUAAUAUUUUGGAAUCUAAAACAUUGGGAAACAUCCGGAAAGAAGCACCUGUUUCAAAAGCAAUAACUGCAGUUCCACCUCCUCCACCUCCUCCACCCCCAUUUCCUUCAUUCAUGGCUACUGGACCAUUGAUAUUACAGCCUUCUUCAGUAUCAGAAGCACCAGCACCAACAGCACCUCCUCCUCCACCCUUGCCUUCGUUUAUGUCUUCUAAAACAACAUCAGCAGCACCUCCUACUGUCUCGGUACCUCCACCCCCCCCAAUGCCUUCAUUUAUAACAGAAGGAGCUUUCCCACCUCCACCUCCACCUCCACCUCCACCUCCAUUCCCAAACCAAUUGAAGGAGAUUUCACAGUCAACAGUUUCACUAAAUUCUAUUCCUCCUCCACCUCCUCCACCUCCACCUGCAUUCUUAAAUAAGAGCAACAGUGUUUCCGAUUUGACAUCAAUCCACUCAGUUCCUAAGUUAAACAAGUCAUCAACAGAUAUUGCUAUUACCCACCCACCAAGGUCCCAUGAGGAGUUGAAGUUAUCGCAGGCGACAACUUUGGAAAGAGACGAAAUGUUUGUUGACGAAAGAUUACGACCAAAGAUCAAAUUAAAACAAAUUCACUGGGAUAAACUUGAAAAUACAUCUAAUACAUUCUGGGAUGAGAUCACAGAUUAUAAUUUAGUAGAUAAAUUGGCAGAGAAGGGAGUACUAGGAGAAAUAGAGAAGCAAUUUGCUGUGAAGCAAACCACAGAGAAGAAGAAACAAGCCCACAUUAGUGCUAAUAAGCCUACAAAGAUCAGCUUUUUAUCCCGAGAAAUGGCUCAACAAUUUGGUAUUAAUCUUCAUAUGUUUGCAUACAUUUCUGCCGAAGAACUUAUAAGCAAAGUCCUUAGUUGUGAUGAAGAGGUGAUUUCCAAUAUUGGGGUAUUAGAGUUCUUCAAUAAGGAUUCAUUGUCAAAUAUUAACGACAGCAUGAUACGUAAUUUCAAGCCCUAUUCAACUGAUUUCAGAUCGGGAAAGAAACCCGAACGUGAUCCUAAUGAGUUGGAGAGAGCAGAAGAAAUAUUUGUUGGCUUAUGUUUUAAUUUAAGACACUAUUGGAAAUCUCGUUCUAGAGCACUCUUAUUAUCUCAAACAUACCAAAAGGAUUACAGAGAAUUAAUGAACAGACUAGAAGCAAUUGAAGAAGUAUGUAAGGCAUUACGAGGUUCUCAAAGUCUUCGAAAUGUUCUUGGGAUCAUUAGGAAUGUGGGUAAUUUCAUGAAUGAUACUUCAAAGCAAGCUAAGGGGUUCAAACUAGAUACUUUGCAAAGACUUAAGUUCAUGAAGGAUGGAACCAAUUCAAUGCAUUUUUUGAACUACAUUGAAAAGUUUGUUAGAAAUGAGUUUCCAGAAUACGGUAUGUUUGUAGAUGAACUACAACCAUUGCAUAUGAUUCUGAAUAUUCUGAUUGAACAUUUAGAACAGAGCGUUCGAGAGUUUGAGACCCAAAUCAACAAUGUCCAAAGUAGCAUUGCUAAAGGUAAUCUUAGUAACUCCAAAGAGUUUCACCCAGAUGAUAAGAUCCUCGAAGCGAUAAUUGAGCCUUUAAAUAAAGCUGAAAGUCGAUGCUCGUUAUUAAGUUCGAGAUGGAAACGGAUUCUGAGUGAAUUUGAAGACCUAAUGGAAUACUUUGGAGAGAAUCCAAAAGAUAACCAAAGUCGUGAUUCAUUCUUUGGUAAGUUUAUUACUUUUAUUGGCGAGUUCAAGAAGGCUCAUAUUGAAAAUGUUCAAAAGGAAGAAGAAAAACGAUUGUAUGAGCAGCGGAAACGAAUGCUAGAGGAAAGAGAAGCCAAUAAAAGGAAGAAAAAGAAGAGAAAUAGUAUAAAGAAGAAACAGGAAUCUCAACGACUUGAUGUCGAAGCCAAAACGAUCAACCAUGAACAGAAUGAAAGAACUACUUCACAAGAGAGCAACACUACUGAUACUACUACAACCGCCACCAACGCUGCCACCAUGUCAAGCUCAGGAUCAGAUUCCCAUAUCAAAGUUACAGAAACACAGAAAGCUGAGGUCGAAGACGAAGACGAAACCGAUGAGAAUGACAAUGACAACGAAGAUGACUCGGAUCUGGAUAGUCUGGGCAAUGAAGGAGACACUUCCCAUGCUGCUAUAGAUUUACUACUUGAGAAAUUGAAAGCAAGUACGUCGUCGUCGACGCUGUCCUCAAGAGAUAAGAUCAAUAGUCAACGAAGAUCAAAAGCAUUAUCAUUUUAUUCAGCCGCACCAUCGGAAGAGAAUGAAGAUAAUAAUGAUGUGCAAUUUAACGAAUACGAAACUGUCAAUUCUCUUAAACGACGUCUUACUAGUAGACGGAGUCAACCUCGGGAGUAUGCCGAAGUUGCUGAUAGCAAGGAUGAUAUUAUGGUUAGAGCUCAAGUAAUGCUUAAUGAAUUACGACAGAAUCUUGGUGGGUUGAAGACGUGA